AUUCUGUGUGUGGAUGAGUGUGCUUCGCGAAAUCGAGUGAUCACAUCGCUGAUGAAGAUUUUACGCCGCCUCUUUGCGGCGCGGCAGUGCCUGUGAUCUGUAUACAUUGUACGUGUGUGUGUGUGUGUAUUUGUGUGUUCGUAGUUUUCGUGUGAAGUAAAUUGAUGUGUGCGAUUCUGGACAGCAAAAACACUGUGCCAGGAAGUUACAAAGGGUGGAGAUAUCGCCUAAAAUGGCAAAAAAAUCGUCUAAAAAAGGACAAGGAAGUUAUAUUCAACCCUCAAGUAUGUCUCAGGAGACUCAGCCAUCCCCUCUUGCUCUCCUCGCCGCUACCUGUAGUAAGAUCGGUACACCUGCUGAUGGACAGGCCGGUGCUAUCAACCAAGGGCAAACUGUGACAGUCUUGGGACAAAACCAGGGGCAAGCAGUCCAAAUUCCCGGGGGUAUAAUCAAUGCAGCAAAUGCUCAGCAGAUACAACAGGCACUCGGCCUUCCCCCUGGAUUUCCAAUUCAACUUGCCACAGUGGCGCAGCAAGGUACUUCAGCUGGGGGCCCGAUGUACAUUGAGGUUGCUGGAGGUUCAACAAACAUUCCGGCUUCAUCUGUUACUAGUGCAGGAGCCACUCCAACUAAAACUCUCAAUGCAGCUAAUAUCUUAAAUCUGAACCAGCAACAGGGUUCAACGACAGGUGGACAGCAGAUUGUUACAAACGGGAAUGUACAGUAUAGUAUUGUUCCACAAUUGCAAAUUGAUCAGGAUGGGAAUCUGAUUACGACUCAUGUUGCUACCCCAGUAAGUUCAAGCCAAGCCCACCCUCAACCUCAGCCAGCCCAAACGGUUGUAAAACAAUCGCAAGCUGCAACGUCCCGAUCGACGAAUGUGGCUGGAAGCAAUGUUGCACAGAUUGCUAUGUCAGGGGUACAGUUUGGACAGAUUAUUCAGGCAGUUGCGCCACAACCAGCACCAACUCAGCAACCCUUCGUCCUUGGGCCUGGCUCUCAAACCAUCACCCUGCAGCUUGCUCCGAAUACGGUCAUGUCGAAUGCCACUUCACAAGAUCAAACUGUUGUCACGCCCGUUUACAACAUCAUCAGCUCCACCCCGCAACAGGGCAACUCGGACAACACAGCCCAAACUUCACAACUUCAGAUUCAAGAGCAGCUUCAAACUGCCCAAAUCAUCUCAAACAGUGGUCAAACUCAAGGAGCAAAUACAGGCAACAGUAACCAGGCAACUUUUGUGCAACUUCCAGGUAAACCAGGACAAGUUUUAUUGCAGCAACCAACAGGACAGGUACAACAAUUACAAGUUAGUGGCCUCCAGAUACCAAAUACCAAUGUCCAGACUGCACAGAUCAGACAGCAAAGUGGCAAGGUUGUGGCAUCAGUUGUCCCACAACAGGUACAGCAAGUGCAGCAACAACAGCAGCAGCAAUCAACAACAUCACAAGUUGUCUCACAGACAGUUCAACAGCAGCCACAGGCACAAGUCAUACAGAUCCAUCAACCUAUCCAAGGGCAAGCGGGUACGUCGGUACAGCCGACUCAAAUCUCAUUACAGCAACAACCCGGAACUGGUUACUACACCAUACAACAGCCCCAACAAGCCCAAGCCAUAACUUUACCAGUCAAUGUUGCAGGUGGUCAGGGCUCGGUUCAAACCAUCACCUUGCCCAUUCAAGGCAACCAGCUCCAAGGUGGUGGCAGCAUCACGAUACCCCAGAACAUCCUGCAAAGCAUUCAGCAACUCAACGGCAAUGGCGGACAGAUCGUGCAAAGUCCAAUUGUGCUGAAGACACCACAACAAACCCAGGUACAGACCGUCCAUCUGCAACAUGGCGGUGCCUCGGUUGCAGCUACAAACUCCUCCAGUGGCCAGGUUCAGCAACAAGUCAUCGCCACAGAUGUUACUUCGGCAAUAUCAUCGGCUAACAACAGUACCAUUGCAGGCCUUCCUAAUUACAACGUCCAUCUGGCACCUCUCAGCCCUGGACCGGGACCCGCUGGAAGCUCUGCAUCUGUGAAUACAUCAGUGGCAGUAACCCAGCAACAAAUGACCCAACAACAACAACAACAGCAGCAACAGAUGAGCCAGGCAUUGGUCAUCAAGGCAGAGAAGCAACAGCAGCCUCAAUGGCAGGGGGUGAUCCAGACAGACGCAUCGGGUGCCCAAGGCACGGUGACAACCAUCUCCACGAACGGUACCAACUACCCACCUACCAUGGCCAGUUACGAGCUUCAGAUUGCAGAACAGAACCCAGUCCCAGUGCCCAAAGAUCCCCCAAAGAAGGUCAGGAGAUUGGCCUGUACCUGCCCAAACUGCAAGGAUGGUGAAGGAAGGAAUUCUGAAAAGGGUAAAAAGCAGCAUAUCUGUCACAUCCCUGAUUGUGGUAAGGUCUAUGGCAAGACAUCACAUCUAAGGGCACACUUACGAUGGCAUACCGGUGAGAGACCGUUUGUCUGUGAUUGGCUCUUCUGUGGAAAGCGUUUCACACGCUCUGAUGAGCUCCAGAGACAUAGACGCACACAUACAGGCGAGAAGAAAUUUGAGUGUGGCAGCUGUGGGAAGAAGUUCAUGCGAAGCGAUCAUCUGGCCAAACACCAACGCACUCACAUCAGAAAACCAGGGACAGUCAGUAUGAAGGUACAAUCUGGGAGUGGUGACGCACCCCUCCAGGUGGACCUUGCGCAGGGUGUUCAGGAAUUCGAAGAGGAGCUAGAGGAAGUCAAUCAAGAUUCUCAGGGUGAUGUUGUGGUGCAAGGAGCAACGGUCCAAGAGGUUGUGUACGUACAGUGAUUGUAAGGGGUGUCUGGGAGUUGUGUUAACUCCUUCAGGUGGACCUUGCACAGUCUGUGCUGGACUUUGAGUAGGAGCUGCAGGAAGUUGCUCGAGAUCCUCAGGCUGGGGGGAUGUCCAGAGAACAACAGUCCAAGAGGUUGUGUAUGUAGUGUGAUUGUAUGGGGUGUCUGGGAGUUGUGUUAUCUUCUUGUGGUGGGCCUUGCACAGUCUGUGCAGGACUCUGAGAAGCUGGAGGAAGUUGCCUGAGAUCCUGAGGACGAGGUUGUGGUCCGGAGAGCAGCUGUUCAAGAGGUUGUAUAUGGACAGUGAAUGUGAGGGGUGUCUGGAAUUUGGGUUUCCCCCUAUCCAUUCUGAUGGACAUUGCAUAGGAGUUUUCGAAAGAAGUAGAGGAAAGUGAAAAAUCCCAAGCAUAAGGUAUGCUCCAUGAAAGUAAAUUGAGCUAAAUCAUUCCUAAUUGAGAUCUGAUGUAACAAAUAAAAAAAAAGAAGCUUUCACAAGCUGCAGCUUAUGUGACAAAAUAAAGGAGAGGUAGCCUAUAAUCUAGGCUGCUUCUGCAACCAGUACCUUUGCGUUUACAAGUCUGAUGCUGCGUCGCAAAGCGAUGCAGCAAAAGUACAUGUACAAACAGUGAUUGCUGAGCAGCCAGUGCCUACCAGUGCCUAUACACUCCCCUCUUGCUAAUAGUUAUAUUUUUUAUUGAGGAGUGUCGCUCUCAGUAUUUCGUACAGUAAAUCACAUUGCAUC